UUUUCACCCUAUUUUUCCAUAUAGGUCUGGUUGAAACGGAUCCAGAAGGGGCACUUGCUGGUUUUGCUGAAGUUGUUGCCAUGGAACCUGAAAAGGCUGAAUGGGGAUUCAAAGCUCUGAAGCAAACUGUGAAGCUCUAUUAUCGAUUAGGGAAGUAUAAAGAAAUGAUGGAUGCUUACAGGGAAAUGCUUACAUAUAUUAAAUCAGCAGUGACACGAAAUUACAGUGAAAAAUGCAUAAACAACAUAAUGGAUUUUGUUUCUGGAUCGGCUAGUCAAAAUUUUAGUCUCCUGCAAGAAUUUUAUCAGACCACUCUGAAGGCCCUUGAAGAAGCAAAGAAUGAGAGACUUUGGUUCAAGACAAAUCUUAAGCUUUGCAAGAUAUGGUUUGAUAUGGGUGAAUAUGGGAGAAUGAGUAAGAUUUUGAAGGAACUUCAUAAAUCUUGUCAAAGAGAAGAUGGUACAGAUGACCAAAAAAAAGGAAGUCAACUUUUGGAGGUCUAUGCAAUUGAGAUUCAAAUGUACACUGAGACUAAGAAUAACAAGAAACUAAAGCAAUUGUACCAGAAAGCACUUGCUAUUAAAUCAGCUAUUCCCCAUCCGAGAAUCAUGGGAAUAAUUCGUGAAUGUGGUGGGAAGAUGCAUAUGGCUGAACGUCAGUGGGCAGAUGCAGCAACUGAUUUCUUUGAAGCUUUCAAGAACUAUGAUGAAGCUGGGAACCAGAGGCGUAUACAAUGUUUAAAGUACAAAUGCUUUCUCUCUUCUCUUUAA